AUGGCUGUUAGUACAUAUAAUAAUACAAAAAGGAGUGCUCUAAGAUGUGUCCUUAAAAGACAUGGCCUUCUAUCCGUUGUUGCUAUCAUUUGUAUGUUAUCAUUGCAAAAAAUAAAUGAAAUGAUUGACAAAUCUGAUGAAUUUAUAAAUAGAAUUGAUAUGCAUAUAAUAUUUAGUUUUGUACACGAUGCUGAGAUGGAAAAAUUUAAAAAAGUAGAAGAAAAUGUAUUUAAAUUUAUUGAAAGUAUAGCAGAAACAUAUAAAAUACCUGAUGAAUAUAAAGAGAAAAAAUUCAGACGUGCACAUCUUGAUAUGCAAGGAAAUUUAAUACAAAAAGAAAAGUUCUUUUUACAAUAUUCUGAUCUUUCUUUAAAUGGUAAAAUAUGUGAACGUAAAAUUUUUAAAGAAGUUUUAGAAUAUGUAAAAGGUGAAUGGGCUGAAUUUAGAAAAUUAAUGUUUGAAUUAUGGAAGGAAAAAUUAGCUUCUGAAUUCAGAGAAUAUGGUGAAAUGUUAAAUCAAAAAAGAAAAAUUAAACAACAUGAACUUGAUAGAAGAGCACAAAGAGAAAAAAUGUUAGAAGAACAUAGUAGAGGAAUAUUUGCAAAAGGAUAUUUAGGAGAUGUAGAAUCAGAAACUGUAAAGAAGGGAACGGAACAUCAUGAAAAUGAAUAUGAAGAAAAUGUCGAAAAACCAAAAGAGCAAAAAACUGAAGUUGAAGAAAUUACUGAAGAAGAAGUUAAAGUUGAUGAACCAAAAGACGAAAUUACAGUAGAAGAAGUUAAUGUUGAAAAACCAAAAGACGAAAUCACAGUAGAAGAAGUUAAUGUUGAAAAACCAAAAGACGAAAUCACAGUAGAAGAAGUUAAUGUUGAAAAACCAAAAGACGAAAUCACAGUAGAAGAAGUUAAUGUUGAAAAACCAAAAGACGAAAUCACAGUAGAAGAAGUUCAUUUUGAAGAACCAAAAUUACAACAACAAAAAGUCGAACAACCAAAAGUACAACAACAAAAAGUUGAACCACCAAAAGUACAACAACAAAAGCUUCAAAAUGGAAAAGGACAGAAACAAGCAUCACCAAAAGCAAAGGGAAAUAAUCAACAGAAAUCAAAAAAAAGAAAUUUUUAA